AUGAAUGAUAUGUUAUUUCCGCCAUUCUUUCAUUGUGAAGAAAGCCUUAUAUCUAUCUAUCUAUCUAUCUAUCUUAGUCACUUCAUAUCUAUCUAUCUUUUCGUUCAACCACACUAUCAUCAUCUGUCUCUCGACCAUAGUGGAAAAAUAUCGAUCUAUUCCGUAAAACGUCUCCCGGCUAAAGAAGCUCGAGACACAAUUUGCAAAUUUUCUCUUGGAGAGAAGAAUCGGAUCGCGUGUUUUCUUUUUUUUCCGAAAUAUCGAUUCGCGAUGAUUUCCUCGAGUAGCCAAAUAGAGUUCUCCGAAUAUCACUCGCCAUUUCCCUCUUUCUUUCUUUCUUUCUUUCUCCACCUUUACACAUAUCUAUUUAUCUAUCUAUCUAUCUAUCUAUCUAUCUAUCUAUCUAUCUGUGUGCGUGCAAAGGUUACACCUAUCACCCUAACAAACGAACACCUGCUCUUUGCUGAUUAUUUCGCACUCCACCGUGUGAUGUCGUUUUUCCUUCUCUUUUUACUGACAGCUGUAUUCAGAGAUGAAGACAUAUUUUAUGGUUAUAAAAUCUCCAUUUUCACACCCCAUUUGUAA